AUGACCAAGCUGGGACAGUGGCUGUGUGGACUCGCCCUGCUGGGCUCGGCCUGGGCCGCGCUGGCACUGGCGCCGCCGGGGCUGCGGCUGCCGGCCCCGUUCCGGCAGGCCCUCCUGCCCCUGCCGGUCUACCUGCUGGUGGCCUUUGGUUGCUACUCUCUGGCGACCGUGGGCUAUCGCCUGGCCACCUUCAACGACUGCGAAGAGGCAGCUGUGGAGCUGCAGGAGCACAUCAGUGCGGCACGGACGGACUUGCGCCAACGAGGACUGCGCUUCUGACCCCAAUAAA